AGGCAGCCUCUGGCUUUGCACACCAACACACACACACCAACUCACCAACACACACACACACCAACACACUACACACUACACACACACAUCUGCUCUUUUCCGUAGCCUCCGUCAGGGGUUGCCAUAGAAACCCCGAGUGACAUAGAAGAAGAAGGAGAAGAAGAAGGAGAAGGAGAAAAAGAAGAAGGAGAAGAGCCUCCUGGGCCCGUGGAGGAGGGACAGAGCAGCCAGGAGUAGCUCGGCAACUGUUUUCAGCACCCCUGGAAAAGUUGCUCGGCCCCGAGAAAGGAUGGUGGGAAGAGGAGCCUGGCUGGAUCCGUGGAGCUCAAGCGCCUAGGCUCUCUCACCCCACCAUGGCGGGGGUGGCAGGACGGCUAAGGCGGACCAGGGAGAAUCAUGAAUGGCAGUGACUGAGGACCCCGCCAAACCGACCAACGGUGGGUACCCAUUCCAAGAUCGCCUUCCCUAAGGAUGUUUUGCUUAUCUCUUCUGCUCGUGGCUGGAUUUUCAACAGCGUCUGAAGUCAAUCCAGCGAUAUGCCGGUAUCCUUUGGGGAUGUACGAAGGGAGCAUCAGAGACGAGGACAUUACUGCUUCGAGCCAGUGGUACGAUUCAACUGGACCACAGUAUGCCCGAUUGCUCAGAGAAGAAGGCGACGGAGCCUGGUGUCCGGCGGGACUCUUGCAACCAGAAGAUGUGCAGUUUCUUCAGAUUGACCUUCACAAACUCUACUUCAUCACCUUGGUGGGGACACAAGGGCGCCACGCCCGGGCCACCGGGAAGGAGUUCGCCCGUGCCUAUCGGAUCAAUUACAGCCGUAACGGCGAACGGUGGCUCUCGUGGAAAGACCGUCAGAAUAGGCAGGUGAUCCAAGGCAACACAGACACUUACGAGGUUGUGUUGAAAGAUCUUCGCCCGCCUAUCAUCGCUCGCUACAUCCGUGUGAUCCCAGUGACGGAGCAGCCCAUGACUGUCUGCAUGAGAGUAGAACUCUACGGUUGUGUCUGGUCUGACGGCCUGGAGUCCUACAGCAUGCCCGAAGGAGAAACCAUAGUGGACCCUGGCAAUCCCAUUGUUUAUCUAAAUGACUCGAUCUACGACGGUCACCAGGAACGAAAGCUCCUCCAUGGUGGGCUGGGCCAGCUGACAGACGGUGUUCUGGGACUGGAUGACUUCACCAAAAGCCAUCAAUACCGUGUGUGGCCAGGCUACGAUUACAUCGGCUGGAGGAACGACAGCUUCCGGAACGGCGCCGUGGAGAUGGAGUUCCAGUUUGACCAUCAGAGGAACUUCACCUCCAUGAAGGUCCAUUGCAACAACAUGUUUUCCAAAGGGGUGAAGAUCUUCGAGAGGGUGGAAUGUCUCUUCAAACCGCAGCGGGGCACCGAGUGGGACCCGCAACCUGUGGGUUUGGACACUGUUUUGGACGACAAGAAUCCCAGCGCGCGAUUCGUGACCGUUCCCUUGAACCACCAUAUUGGCAAAGCCAUUCUUUGCCGUUUCUACUUCGCCGAUACCUGGAUGAUGAUCAGCGAGGUCUCUUUUCAGUCGGUCAAUAUGGAUGCUCCUGAUCCAAUCCUGAUUACUUCUGCAUGGAGUCCCACCACAGAGUCCUAUCCAUCAUCAGAGGGACCAAAUACUACACAGGGGACUUCGGGGACCACCGUCCUAGCUUCCAUCAGUCCCAGGGUCGAGCAGAAGGCGGAGGACUCCAACUCUUCCAGUCUGAUCGGCUGUCUUGUGGCCAUCAUUCUCCUCCUUUUGGUGGUCAUCGUUGCCAUCCUGUGGAGACAGUACGCUCAGAAGCAUCUGGAGACGGCUCCCCGGCGGAUCCUGGAAGAAGAUGCCACGGUGCGUCUCUCCUUCUACAGCUCCAGAAUUGUCAGUGGCCAGACACAGAUCCACCAGACCAACCCUACCUACGAGAGAGUCUUCCCCUUGGAUCUGGAGUACCACCAGCCUCUCACCCUCCUCCAGAAAUUGCCAGAGCUAUCUCAAAGCGCCGAAGACUCGGCUUGCAGUGGUGAUUAUGCAGAGCCCGACCUCACCAAGUGCACCCCACAUCAGGGAUUCCAGAAUAACGUUCCCCAUUAUGCCGAGACGGACAUCGUCAACUUGCAAGGGGUGACAGGGAAUAAUACAUACGCCGUGCCAGCCAUCACCGUUGACUCGUUGACCAAGAAGGACAUCUCCAUCGCUGAGUUUCCCCGCCACCAGCUGCAGCUCAAGGAGAAGUUGGGAGAAGGGCAAUUUGGGGAGGUCCACCUCUGUGAAGCUAUUGGUCUUCUGGAAUUCUUGGGCCGUCCUUCUCCAGAAAGUUCCAGCAGGGCAAUUUUGGUGGCUGUGAAAAUGUUGAGAGCUGAUGUCACCAAGACCGCCAGGAACGAUUUCCUAAAAGAGAUCAAGAUCAUGUCCCGCUUGAACGACCCAAACAUCAUCCGUUUGUUGGGGGUGUGCGUGAAGGACGACCCUCUUUGCAUGAUCACCGAGUACAUGGAAAACGGGGACCUUCACCAGUUCCUCCUGCAAAGACGGAGUAGAAGCACCGUCACACGUUGCAGCAAUGUUCCUUGUGUCAGCGAUCUCCACCUUCUGCUCAUGGCAACUCAGAUUGCUUCGGGCAUGAAGUACUUGGCGUCCCUCAACUUCGUCCACCGGGAUUUGGCCACACGCAAUUGCUUGGUUGGAAAUAACUACACCAUCAAGAUUGCCGAUUUUGGGAUGAGCAGGAAUCUGUACAGUGGCGAUUAUUACCGGAUACAGGGCAGGGCUGUGUUACCGAUCCGUUGGAUGGCCUGGGAGAGUAUUUUGUUGGGAAAGUUCACCACCGCCAGUGACGUGUGGGCCUUCGGUGUGACAUUGUGGGAGAUGUACACCUUAUGCAAAGAGCAACCGUAUAGUUGGCUUUCUGAUGAACAGGUGAUUGAGAAUACAGGAGAAUUCUUCCGAGAUCAAGGCCGACAGGCCUACUUGUCCCAGCCGCCUCUAUGUUCAAAUCCUGUGUUCUCCUUGAUGAUGAAAUGCUGGAGCCGGGAUAUCAAAGAUCGCCCCACCUUUGAAGCAAUCCAUCUGUUUCUCAUCGAACAGAUGGACGGAAGCAUCGGACCUAUAUGAGAACGUGAGACUGUUGAAAGACCACUGUAGCUGGGCCAAAGGUUCUCAAGGGUCUGUUUGACUCCCUCUUUCCUGUGGACAAGACCAGGUGAAGUCAGACGAACCUCCAGAGUAAUCGUUGGAGGUAUUUGCCUUGAGAUUUCUUCAAGAGGUGGCACGAUGGGGGCCCCUUUGUCAUGGGGCUGGUGGCCAUCCCGAGAAGAAGCAUGGCCCCAAGUUGAGGUGACUUACAUCGCCUGGGCAAGAAGCAUCCAUGUUCUGUAUUGUCCUCUCCAUCAGGACAUCUUGGAAGUUGCUGCUUAUCUCAGCCGCGAUUCAGAGUUCCAGAGGGCUGAGAAACUUAACAUCUCAUGGAUUAUUUUUUUUGCCUCCUUUCCUUGAAAUAUGGAGAAGAUCUUUCGCCUCUGCUUCGUCCCUCCUUCCUAGCUCUCAGCAGAAUUCACCGUCUCCAGAAUGGAAGACAAAUAACGGUCCCAGCACUUUGGAAGAGCCAGCUUUCUUGGGAUAUCUGCUCAACUUUCCUGAAAACCAUGUUUGGUGCAUCCGCUGGGACCUCCAGCUCCUGUUUUCUGUCGGACCGCCGACUGCUAUCCUUUCUACCUUUCAGUCAAAUUUGGGGAGCCGAUCUGGAUACUUGUGACUGCCGAUUCACCAAAAGGAGAGACCUGUGAAGUUUCCCACACUGGAUUUAACGACUUUUGUGAAGAGCGAAACAAAAAUGAAUGUCAAGAUUGAUAGGAAAGCCUUCUAGAUAUCAACCAACGGAAAGGAUUUACUUUGGGGUGAUGGGAUGGCAUUAUCGUAGGAAGGCUUAACCGACACUGUGAUUAACUAUCAAGAUGAAAUGGAUCCUUGGUAGCCCAAAAGGACUGAUCUUCCAAGGUCGUGCUAUAAUUGAAAGUUGUGAAGAUGCCGAAGUAGUCAUAGAGCCCACCUGAGAACAUCUCAAUUUCGUUUUUUUCAUCCAGGCUUUCUUUCCUUCUCUAUUUUAAAACACUUAAACACCUAUUGCUUUAAUUUCUAGGGUUUUAAAAAAAAAAAGUUUUAAAAAAUUAGCCAACUGGGCUUCUAUCCCGUUGCAUGAGGAUUUAAGCUUGAAAAUUUGGAGUUUUGCGGGCGGGUUCUUGAGAAAAACUCGGCGAUGAUAGAUUUGACAGAAGAAAAAUAAAACCCGUAAUGUCCUGAAUAUCGUAUUUUUCAGAGUAUAAGAUGCACCUCCCCCCCCCGUAAAAGUGGGUGAAAAUUUAGGUGAGUCAUAGAUCGAAAACAGGCAGUUUUGGCCUCCCACGUGUCAUGUUUUUGCCCUCCCCAGCCCCCAGAAGUACUCUGCAGGCCAAAAAUGGUGCAUUUUUCAUGAAAAGAGGCUUGUUUUUGGUGAAAACGGGUUCAUUUUUGCUGAAAAUGGGCCACGCGGAGCACUACAGUGCUCCUGGGGGCCUGAGAGGGCAAAAAUCCGAUGCACGGAGGCCAAAAACUAUUAUUUUCUUGUUUUCCUCCUGUAAAUUUAGGUGCAUCUUAUAGUUCGAAAAAUACGGUAUUUCCCUCUGUGUCCCCCCCCCAAAAGGGUCCAAAUUUGUAGAAAAAUCACAAUUUGGCCCAAACUGGGAGUCUUGGGGGGGUCUAUCUUGCAAACGGUCCACUUUUUAACCAGCCCAUGAUUUCAAAUUAAUUUGAUCAUCGUUACAAUCUGGUUUAUUUUUUGGUAUGGCGCUUAAGGUUAUUGUUCAUUUGCACAAAUCUAGGGCAAAGCAGUUUGGUAAAUAACUCCAUUUUUCCCAUGCCAGGAGAACAUAUCCAAAGUUAUUUUUGAAAAGGCAAGCGGGCUGAUUUUCAAGGAAGAAGAAGAAGAAAAAAUGUCUUUGCUGGAGACCUUUUGUAAACAUUCUCUUCCAGAGUUACGGAUUUUCAGUUCGGGGAAAGAAAAAUGACCUUUUGAACAGUUUAACCGUCAAGUCUUUUCAUCCUACCUGAUCUGGAAAACGAGGUAAACACGGCUGGGAAACCCCCUGGCAUACUUUGAAGAAGACGAACUCCCUGUGAAACAAGGAGCAAACUUGACUUAAAAGGUUUUACUGAAGGGCCAAGCCAGGUGCCUUAUUCAAAUAAUUAGGUUCUUGUUCUCUUUUUAAAAAAAAUUAAUAUCAAGGAAAUGCAAAUUAGUUUGGGGAACCAGAAUAAAGAAGACUUGAUCUUCUGCCUUAAUACCACCCAGAUGCAAACUAGCUUGAGGAACCUGAUACGGGAGAAGAAGACUCUAUCUUCUCUUCUGUAGACCCAACUGCCUGGUCUUAUAGGUCCCAUGCACCCCAUUUUCCUGAAGACCACCUCAAAUGGUAGACAUGGCCAGCAGGUAUCAUAGACCGGCAUCUAUCGGGGAAGAAGGAACACAACAACCUCUUCCCUACACAAUAGAAGGAACCAUCUCCAUGGCAUCAAUUGCGUUGACCAAGAAGAACAGCCUAAUCUGGCUGUAUUUUGCUGAGGACACAUCUCCACGAUCGGAAGAGAUGGAUCUCAGAAACAGUGGCAUUUACAGAGACCACGUCUCCUUUGUGAGGAUGUUGGUGGCAACACCAAAUUGUACGAUAUAUUCAGGGAGCCGGGAAUUUGGAGAUAACUGGAAUUCAGAGAACCGAGAAAGGGGUGCCUCAUAAGGAAAGGCCGACCUGGUUGAGAAUUUCAGAUGGGCUCACUAGAGGCCAACCAUUGAUAGCUUCAAGCUAUCCAUGGAACCUGGGUCACCCAGAACACAAUGGUAGGGUUCUCCUGACAAUGAACCCUCAAUCCAUCUGUCCAAACUCAUGCAUUGGCUAUUAGAGUUGGUUUCAGCCGGGAGGGAGGGCUUCCUUCUACAGAUACCAAGGUUUCUUCUCCGUUGUUGCUCUCACAAGGGCAGCUGGGAAUUGUAGUUUAGAACAUCUGGAGGAAGAUCUGGUGUACACCAGGGGUGAAAUGCUCCCGGUUCGGACUGGAUCGCCCAAUCCGGUAGCGAUGGCGGUGGGUGGUUUGGAGAACCGGUAGCAAAAAUCCCUGGCCCCUUCCCAUGCCCAGCUGAGCCGCGCGAUCAUCAGAGGUUUUUGGGUUUUUUUUAACUUUUAAAAGCAUUUUUUUUUCGGCUGAAAAAAAUGCUUUUAAAAGUAAAAAAAGAAAAAAACCUCUGGUGAUCGCGCGCGGCUCAGCUGGGAUCGUCAGAGCCUCUUAAAAGCAUUUUUUUCUACGACCUCUUCAGCUGAAGAGGUUGCAAAAAAAAUUGCUUUGAAAAGGCUUCUCUGCCGAUCCCAGCUGAGUCGCCUGAUCGUCAGAGGCUUUUUUUAUUCUUUUAACGGCAAAAAAAAACGAACCCGCUUUUAAAAGAAAACAAAAGCCUGUGACGAUCAGACGACUCAGCUGGGAUUGGCAGAGCCUUUGGAAAGCGUUUUUUUUUUUUUACAACCCGCUUCGGCCAAAGAGGUUGUAGAAAAAAUGCUUUUAAAAGUUAAAAAAAAAAAAGUUGGCCACGCCCAGCCAAUCACAAUACACACACACACACCACCAAGCCAUACCCACAGAACCGGUAGUAACAAAUUUUACAUUUCACCACUAGUGUACAUCCAACGUUUAAGACAGAGGUUCCCAAUCUUUUUCGCCCGCGGCUCCCCUGGAAAUCCGACCUGCAACUGCGCAUGCGCACCAGACGCGCCCGCGGCUCCCCGGAAAUCCGACCUGCAACUGCGCAUGCGCACCAGACGCCCCAGAAAUGGCGCAUCAGCGCCGGACCCAGCGGGCGCAGAUAUUCCGCGGCGCCCCCAUGACGAUAGCGCGGCUCCCUGGGGAGCCGCGGCUCACAGUUUGGGAAUCACUGGUUUAAGAGAAUCUUAUUAUCCCUGCUUGGCUUUACUCACUCGGUGCGUUAAAUAUCAGCUAUGCAGGAUUUGAUCUACAGAUCAUUCCAAGAACGGUAGUUUGAAUGGGAUAUUUUCCUUCCCAUCUACCCCCAACCAUCUUGGCCUCCUUGCCUUUUGGCUUCAAUAACCCAUGCUCCCAUAAACUCCAGAAAAACUGGUCUGGCUUUUUUUUUCCUUGAUAGUUAGCAAACAUCCCCACCCCAGCACGGUUUCGGAGCAAACUAGAUCAAUAUUUGCUAACUCUUUGUUCCUGUGUCUUCAAGACCUGAUGAAUGUAAGAGAGAGUUCCAACCAUAAAUUCUGCUGCAUGGAACUCAUUUAAAAAAUAAAAUGAUACAAAAGAAUCAAACCAGCCUUUUAAAAAAAUAAAAAUAAAAAAAAAAUUGGCCGCUUCUAAAACCUUUCUGGUGCAUCUCUUCGCAACAGUCAAUCGAUCAAAAUGUCUAAUUAAAAGCAAUAAUGAUGCCCGCCCCCCCCCUUCUCCUUUGACUAUAUUUCCUCUUCCUUUUGAGGGUCUUUCCAUGUUACUUGAAGUUUGAAACUAUGGAUAGAUAACCACUUUGUCACAAAGCACAUAGGAGUCCCUGAAAAAAAACGGAAAAAAAACCCCCAUCCUUUCCUUAUUCUUUUCUAUUCUAGUUUUGCUAACCCUCUGUUUUUAUCUAUUUUGGCUCUUUAGCCCUGUAUAUUUUGUAUUUAGAAACGUCAUUCAGAGGUGUACAUAGUAUAAUAUAUGAAUUUAACCAGGAAUUCCUCUAUAAUCACACUGUUGCUUAGGGGACGCUGUUCUUUAUUCUGAUGACCAUUUUUAUACAUUGACAAAUGACCAAUAAAGUCUG